GUCGAACCAGAUCAUUGGGCUUCUAAUGCAAAUGAUACUAUAGACGAGGGCAAUGGAGAAGAAACCAAAACCACGGAAGAUGCAGAAGAAGGGAAAGAUUAUUAUAGCAGGUGGUAUAGUGCCUCUGCGCCGAACACGCUGAUUUGAAGUGAAUUUUGUAGAGAAAACAAAAUUAAUCUGGACUUAGAUUCAAGUCAGUAUGUCAUCUAUGUCAUUAGAAUCAAUGUCCGGGGCUGAAACACUGUGCUUUCCGAUGCUGCCGAAGAUUCCAGAUGACUCCAGCGACAGCAGUCAAGAGAAGACAAAAAUGGAUGGCCUUUCUAAACCCAAAGCAAGUCUCAUUAGUAACGAGGUCGUACCUGAAGUUGCAUCAGAGCCAGAAAAUCCACAUGCGGUUUCUUCUUUGACUGGAGGAGGGGAUAACCAGAAAAGAGCGACACUCUCCUGGCACGGUGUCGAUGUGUUUGCUCCGAUUGAUAGAGGGUCAAUUUGCAGACGACUCUGUCGUAAAACAGAUCCAAACGAACCUAGAAUAAAGCAGAUUUUAUUUGAUGUAAACGGGAAGGUUGAACCUGGAACACUUUUGGCAGUCAUGGGAGCUAGUGGAGCAGGCAAGACGACCCUGAUGAACGUACUUGCUCAUCGUAACAUAGGGAAUGUCAAAGUGAUGGGAUCAGUUAUGGUCAAUAACACUCCCGUUGGAUUGAAUAUUAACUCCAUCUCAGCAUACGUCCAACAAGAAGAUUUGUUCAUUGGUACACUGACCGUUAGGGAACAUCUGACCUUCCACGCACUUCUAAGAAUGGACAAACAUGUUUCCAGGGCAGAUCGAUUGAGAAGAGUAGAGGAAGUGUUACUGGAGCUCGGACUAGUCAAAUGUGCAGAUACACUGAUAGGAAUUCCUGGACGCAUGAGAGGCAUAUCUGGAGGAGAGAAAAAGAGACUUGCAUUUGCUUCUGAGGUGCUGACUGACCCUUCUAUUCUGUUUGCUGAUGAACCCACUUCUGGUCUUGAUUCCUUCAUGGCCCAAAACGUAGUGUCUACUUUACAACGACUGGCAUCACAAGGAAGAACCAUAGUCUGUACCAUUCACCAACCUUCUUCUGAAGUAUAUGCCAUGUUCUCCAGGUAAGAACUUCAAAAGAUGUUAAGCAAUCGUUCCCUGCAAAGAGACAAACUGAGAAAAAUGAGACCAGCACCAAAGCAUUCUGGCAAGCAAAGUAGUAUGAAAAUUUCAGCAAGUACAGACACAGAGCUACAGUAGCAUGUGUGACAGAGUCAAAAGACACUAUUUUGGACAGUAAUUAUUUAGUCAUAAAUCUAUAUUUUUAAUUAGGAAUGCCUCGUGUACACAUAGGAAUGUAAUUCUUUAGUUAACUGUUUGCGUGGAAAAUGCGUAAGCAAGAAAUAAUUUCCGUACGUAGUUACAUUACAGUGAGUCAUGCCUAGGUUUGGCGCUUGUUUACGUAAGUUCGUGUUUGGGACAUCCUGUUUGCGCCUAGGGCGUGCAACAUUGCAUAGGAUGUGUAAGGUCUUAAGAAUGCAGGUUUUUCCAUAAAAAUAGGCCCAAACUAA